AUGAAUGAAAAAAAUUUUGAAGUUUUAUUUUGGAAAGUUAUACAUAAUAAAUUUUUAUUUAAAUUAAUAUUUUUUCAUAUUGAAUCAUUUGAACAACAAUAUGAUAAUUUUAAACAAUAUCAUUUAGAAAAUAAAAAAAAAUUUAAAGAAAUUUAUUCAUUAGAUUGGAUGAUUGAACAAAAACAAUAUCAACUUUUAAAAUGUAAAUUAUUAGCAAAUGAAUAUAUUAGAAUUGAUGAAAAUGGAAUUAGAGAAUUAUUUCAAAUUGGAGUCAAUGAUGAAGAAGAGAAUAAAAUAUUAAUCGAAUUAAUUCAAUUAUUAUUUGAAAAAAAGUUUUUAGAAAUUUCUGAAAUCGAUUGUUUAUUAAUUGCAUUGGGGUGUACGACAAAUGAAAAUUUCCAAUUUAAAAAAGAUUUAAAAUUUAGAAAAAUCAAUAUUAGUGUAAUUAAAAUGUUGGUAAAUCAACCACCAUUUUCAUUUAAAAUUUAUCCAUCAACUUUGGAAUGGGCAAUAGGGAAUUGUGAUCCGAAUAUUGUAAACUAUUUAAUAAAUUCACCAAAUAUCAUAAUCUCUGAAAAAUUUAAAAAUAAAUCAUUAAGAAUUGCAUUUAACAACUAUAAAUAUAAAGAAGAAAUGAUUCAAUUCAUACUUGAAAGACCAAAAUUAUAUAAUUCAAAUUUAAAUCAAGAUCAAUCAAUAUCUCAAAUUUUUACAAAAAAAAUUAAAUUAAUUAAUGGUCACCAUUCAAAUAAACUAUCAUCAUCAUCAUUUCAUCCAGAUUUAAAUGAAAAAGAUAAAAUUAAAAUUUUUGAUUAUAAUGAGUUAUUUUCAAUUGAAUCAAAUUUAAUUCAAAAUAAACUAUUAAAUUUAAAUUAUUUAAAAUUACCAAUUGAAUUAGAUUGUAGUGGUAGUGGUAGUUGUAGUGGUAAUAAUGGUAGUUGUGGUGAUUUUAAAAUUUCAAAAAAUAAAGAUGAAUUUAAUUUAAAAGUUUUAAAUAUUUUAAAUGGUUAUAAUUUAAAUAAAAUUAAAGAAUUAAAUAAAUUAUUAGCUAUUGAAUAUCCAAAUGAAUUUUAUGAACAAUAUCUUUUUAAAUUUAAUGAACCAAUUAGAGAAUUAAAUGGUCAAGAUGAAAUUGAUCAAUUAUUACGUUGGAUUUUAUCAACUUUUAAUUUUAAUGGUUUAAAAUGGUUUUUAAAUAAUUUUAAUAAUAAUUUUGAUAAUAAUAUUAAUAAUCAAAGAAAUCAUAUAAAAAAUAUACAAAUAUCAUCACCAUCAUCAUCAUACUAUUUAACAUCGACAACAAAUAUAGAGAAUUUAAAUGAAUUAAUUAUACUUCAAUUUAUAAAAUUAUAUACAUCAUUAGAAAAUCAUUUUGAAAAUGAAGAUUGUGAUAAAUUAAUAAUUAAAUAUAUUUUUAAAUCAAAAAAUAAAGAACAAUAUGACCGAUUUUUAUCAUGUAUUAAAUGUAAUAGAUUUUCAAAUAUUUUACCAAAGAAAUGGAAUCAAAUUAUUAUUGAUCUUUAUAAUAAUAGUAGAAAUAAAAAUACAAUUGUAAUUAGAGAUAAAGAAACUAUUGAUUGGAUAUUAGAAAAUGUAAAUAAUAAAUUCUUACUUGAAAAAUGUAAUUAUUUAAAAACAACAGAAAUUUUUCAAUUUGAAAAUUUAGAAACCAUUGAAUAUGCUUGUUUGAAAUUUGUUGAAAACAAUUUAAAUUUAAGAUUUUCAAAAACUACAGAACAGCGUUUACUCUAUUUACCAUUUAUAAAAGCAAUAAGUGAAUGUGAUAUUGAAUCGUUACAAUAUAUUGAUAAUAAUAAAAUAGUUUUAAAAAAUGAUUUAAUUGGCCCCUAUCGUCAAAAUAUGGAAGAGAAUUUAUCAAUUCAAACAACAGAGAAUUUAAUAAAGUUAACUGAAUAUUUAGGUACAAGUGGUUAUAAGAAUUUCAAACCAGAUUGUUUUGGUUUCUUUGUUGAAAUCAUUACAAAUAUUCAAAAUCCAACUUAUGAUUUAUCUCUUGUAAAAGUUAAUUUCAAUUGUUAUAUUAAUAAAACAAUUGAUUUAUUAAUUCAUUCUUUCAAUAAUUCAAGUUUUAAAAUUAUUAAAUUCAUUCUAGAUAAUUGUAAUCCAAUUAAAACAAAUACUCAAUCUUUCAUAGAUCAAUGGAAUCAAUCAUAUAGAUUAAAUUAUAUUUAUGUUUUAGAUAAUAGUGAUAAAUUUUAUAAAAUUAAAUAUUAUACUUCAAAUUCAUCAAUUAAUGAUAUACAAUUAUGUAUUAAAAUUUUAUUAAAAUUUUAUAAAAAUAAUAUUAAUAAUAAUAAUAAUAAUAAUAAUAAUAAUAAUAAUAAUAAUAAUAAUAAUAAUAAUAAUAAUAAUAAUAAUAAUAAUAAUAAUAAUAAUAAUAAUAAUAAUAAUAAUAAUCAAUUAGAUUUAGAAUAUGAAAUAAUUUUAAAGAAAUUAAUUAAUUAUCAAUUUAAAAGAUUAAUUGAAAUUAAUUAUUUACCAAUAGAUUUAUUAAAUUCAAUAUAUCAAUUAAUUAAUGAAAUUGAUGAAAAUAUAAUUGAACAUUCAUUUUUUCAUUCAUUUUAUUAUUUAACAAUUAAAAGUAAAAAGUUUUUAAAAUAUAUAAUGGGUUUACCAUUUAUAACAUCAGUAUUAAAGGAUUUUAAUAAUCAUAGAUAUGAUGAUGAUAAAAAUUAUAAUUAUAUUGGAUUUGAUAUAAAGAAAUAUUUAGAUCCAAUUAUAUUCAAUUAUCAAUUUAUAUUUCAAUCAGAUUUCGAUAUUAUUUUAGAUAAAUUAAUAAUGAAUUUAUCAAUUUUACCAUCUAUAAAUGAUCAACAAAUGAUUCAAAAAGAAGAAAAUUAUUUAUUCCUCACAUUAAAUUAUAAUUUACAAUAUUUUUUAGAAAUUAAAAGAAUUGAUUUAUUUUUAAAUCAAUUAGAUUAUAUUCAAUUUCAAAUGAAUAAUAAUAAUAAUAAUAGUAUUUUUAAUAUUUCAAAUUCAACAUUUCAAUUAAUUUUUAAAACAAUUUCAAAUUCAAUUGAUUCAAUAUUAUUUCAAAAAAUUAUUACAUUUUCAUCAUAUAAUUCAAUUGUAAAUUAUUUAAAUAAUUUAUAUAAUCAAAUUAAUCAAAAUAAUCAAAAUAAUCGAAAUAAUAAUGAUAAUCAACUUGAUUAUAUAUUUAAUAAUUUUAAAUUAUUUAAUUUUAUUUUAAUAAAUUAUUUUAAUCAACAAUUUGAAUUAAAAAUUAGAAAUUAUAAUAAUAAUAAUAAAAUUCAACAACAAAAAGAUGAAAAAUUAUUACAAUUACAAUCAUUUAUUUCAAAUUAUUGGAAUAGUGUUAUUGAAAGUUUUAAAAAACAAUUUACAAAGCAUAUAGUAAUUAAAUAUAAUUUUCAUUUACUUUUUAUUGAAAAUAAUAUAAUUUUAUCACCAGAAAAUUUAAAAUUAUUUUAUUCUCUAACCUCAAGUUCAAUAGUAUUAUUUAAUUCAAUUUCAAAAUAUAAUAGAAAUGAUCCAUUUUUAAAAAUUACUAAAUCAAGAUUAUUGGAUUUAAUUAGAAAUAAAAAAUUAAACUUUUUAAAAUAUUUAUAUGAAAAUCGUUAUAUAACAAAUCAAUCAGUAUCAAAUGAAGAAGAUGAUAAUUUAUUAGAUUUUUUGAAAUUUCAAUUUAAAAAUCAUCCAGAGUAUAAUCUUGUAAAUUGGUUAAAAUAA